ACUCACUAGUAGUACAGUAUUACAGGAGCAAAGAUAAAGACCACCGUUUCUGAGUCCUCAGUUGCCCAAAACUCAACAGCGCCAGUAACUACAGCGAUUGGCGACCGAAUUUCUACCAAAAUACGAGAAAACGACACCGUCGUUUCAUCUCGCAUGCUCCCUCCUCCUCCUUCUCAUCCUCUUCUUCUAAAUUCGCCAUCUCUGCAAAUUCCUUUCACUUCACUUCCCAGAACCCUAAAACCCUCACUCUUCCACUGCCCCACCUCUUCCACUACUAUAGCAAUGAAGGACCGGCCACGUUCCUCGUACGGUGCUGUUUAUGUUCCUCCACACCAACGUCUGCGCUCCGUCAUCACCCCGCCGAGUUAUAGCUCCUCCUCCGUUGCCGCUGCUUCUCCGAUUGACUCUAAAGUCUCUAAAAAUCGAAGCUCCACUUUAAGCCCUAUACACAGCUCUCCUGUACCUUAUUUCCACCAGCAGCAAGUGCAGCAGCGGAGGAACAGUGCUGUUGAUAGUAAUCAUUUUAAUAAUAAUAAGAAUAAUAAUGAUAAUAAUAAUCAUAGGUUCAUUUCUGCCUACGACGAUGGGAUCUCUGACGAAGGAUCCGAUCGUGAGGUGGAAUGCUCGAUGGUCCCGGCUGGAGCUUCCCUUUCUAAUAACAUUGAAGAGUGGAGGCAGAAGCUAACCUUGCUUUUGCGAGACAAGGAGAAGCAAGAGUUGGUCUCAAGGGAAAAAAAGGACAGACGUGAUUUUGAGCAAAUAGCAACUAUGGCAAGCAGAAUGGGUUUGUAUAGCCAUCUAUAUGUAAAAGUUGUUGUAAUUAGUAAGGUCCCACUGCCAAACUACAGAUUUGAUUUGGAUGAUAAGCGUCCGCAGAGGGAGGUGAGCUUACCUUUUGGUUUGCAAAGAAGAGUUGAUUACUAUCUUGGAGAAUACCUCUUUCAGAAGUCCAAGACUAAGGAAAGAUUUCCAGAUAUUUCCUUUUCUAGAUCAAGCAGCAGCAGUAUUCUAGCUACUGACGAAGGGCUUUUUGAGCAACCAAAGCUACCGGCUUCCAGCAAGGCUGCAAUGGAGAAAAUUCUAUGGCAGAGAAGUUUGCAACUGCGGGAUCAGCAGCAUGCUUGGCAGGAUUCUCCAGAAGGCAGAAAAAUGCUGGAAUUUCGGAAAAGUCUUCCUGCCUAUAAAGAGAAAGAUGCAAUAUUGACUGCCAUUUCACAAAAUCAGGUGGUCAUUAUCUCAGGUGAAACUGGCUGUGGCAAGACCACACAAAUUCCCCAGUUCAUAUUAGAAUCAGAGAUAGAAUCUGUCCAAGGAGCUGGUUGUAGUAUUAUAUGUACACAGCCAAGACGAAUAUCUGCUAUGUCUGUUUCUGAAAGAGUUGCUUCAGAAAGGGGGGAGAAAUUGGGUGAAUGUGUUGGAUAUAAAGUUCGGCUUGAAGGUAUAAAAGGAAGAGAUACCCACCUUCUGUUUUGCACCACAGGCAUCUUGUUGAGGAGAUUGCUUGUUGAUAGAAAUUUGAAGGGCAUAACUCAUGUUAUUGUGGAUGAGAUUCACGAACGUGGAAUGAAUGAGGACUUUCUGCUUAUUGUCAUUAAAGAUCUCCUUCCCCGUCGGCCAGAACUGAGGCUGAUUCUGAUGAGUGCAACCCUUGAUGCAGAGCUUUUCUCAUCCUACUUUGGUGGAGCUCGAAUACUUCGCAUUCCAGGUUUUACAUACCCAGUGCGAACUCAUUUUCUGGAAAAUAUCCUGGAAAUGACCGGUUACAAAUUAACCUUAUACAACCAAAUUGAUGAUUAUGGCCAAGAAAGGGUGUGGAGGACAAGUAAACAAGCUCCAAGAAAGAGGAAGAGCCAAAUUGCUUCUGCUGUUGAGGAAGCACUAAGAGCUGCUGAUUUCAAGGAGUAUGGUUCCCAAACUCGAGAGUCUUUGUCUUGUUGGAAUCCCGAUUGCGUUGGGUUUAAUCUCAUUGAGUAUCUUUUAUGUAAUAUAUGUGAGAAUGAGAGGCCUGGUGCUGUUCUGGUUUUUAUGACUGGGUGGGAUGACAUAAGUUCUCUGAAGGAUAAGCUCCUAUCACAUCCUAUUUUAGGAGAUCCAAGUCAAGUGUUGUUGCUCGCUUGCCAUGGUUCUAUGGCUAGCUCAGAGCAGAGAUUAAUAUUUGAUGAGCCCAAAGAUGGUGUGAGGAAAAUAGUGCUAGCUACUAAUAUUACUGAGACGAGCAUCACAAUUAAUGAUGUUGUUUUCGUACUUGACUGUGGAAAGGCAAAGGAGACUUCAUAUGAUGCCCUGAAUAAUACUCCUUGUCUGCUUCCUUCCUGGAUUUCUAAGGUGUCUGCUCAACAAAGAAGAGGAAGAGCUGGCCGCGUUCAACCAGGAGAAUGUUACCAUCUUUAUCCUAGAUGUGUCUAUGAAGCCUUUGCAGAGUAUCAGUUACCAGAAAUUUUGAGGACUCCUUUGCAGUCUCUCUGUCUGCAAAUCAAAAGUUUGAAACUCAGAAGUAUUUCUGAGUUUCUCUCAAGGGCCUUGCAGUCACCUGAGUUGUUGGCGGUUCAAAAUGCUAUUGAAUACUUGAAAAUCAUUGGGGCCUUGGAUGAGAACGAAAAUUUGACUGUUCUGGGACGAUAUUUGACUAUGCUUCCCAUGGAGCCUAAACUUGGAAAGAUGCUCGUAUUAGGUGCUAUCUUCAAUUGCCUGGAUCCGAUAUUGACUGUCGUUGCUGGCCUUAGUGUUAGAGAUCCUUUCUUGACACCAAUGGAUAAGAAGGAUCUUGCAGAGGCUGCUAAAUCUCAAUUUUCCCGUGAUUAUAGUGACCACCUUGCCCUUGUCCGGGCCUAUGAGGGAUGGAAAGAUGCUGAAAGAGAUUUUGCAGGGUAUGACUAUUGUUGGAAAAAUUUUCUAUCUGUGCAAUCUAUGAAAGCAAUUGAUUCUCUUAGGAAAGAGUUCUUCACCUUGCUCAAGGAUGCUGGUCUGGUUGAUAGCAACACUACCAUCUGCAAUGCAUGGAGCCAUGAAGAGCAUCUCAUUCGAUCAGUUAUUUGCUAUGGCCUCUAUCCAGGACUUUCCUCUGUUGUGCAUAAUGAAAAAUCAUUUUCUCUGAAAACCAUGGAGGAUGGACAAGUGCUUCUGUACUCUAACUCGGUCAAUGCUCGGGAAUCUAAAAUUCCUUAUCCAUGGCUGGUUUUCAAUGAGAAGAUAAAGGUUAAUGCUGUUUUCCUUCGGGAUUCAACAGCUGUUUCUGAUUCAGUGUUGCUUCUAUUUGGUGGAAGCAUGUCCAAGGGGGACAUUGAUGGACAUCUGAAGAUGCUGGGAGGAUACUUGGAAUUCUUCAUGAAACCUGCUAUAGCCGAAAUGUAUCAAACCUUGAGGAGAGAACUUGAUGAACUGAUUCAGACCAAACUUUUGAAUCCCAGGAUGGAUAUACACGUGUAUCAUGAGCUCCUAUGUGCCAUACGUUUACUGCUUUCAGAAGAUAAAUGUGAUGGCAAAUUUGUAUUUGGCCAUCAAGUACUGAAGCCCUCGAAGAUCUCUGUUAUGUCAACACAGCCAGCCUUAGUGUCAAGGACUGAAAGUGGUCCUGGAGGUGAUAAUUCUAAGUCUCAGCUCCAAACAUUGCUAACCAGGGCUGGAUAUGCUGCACCAACUUACAAGACAAAGCAGUUGAAGAACAACCAAUUUCGAGCUACUGUGGAGUUUAAUGGAAUGCAAAUUAUGGGGCAACCUUGCAAUAAUAAGAAGAGUGCAGAGAAAGAUGCAGCAGUUGAGGCGCUGCAGUGGCUGAUGGGUGGGACCCAGACAGGACAUGAAUACGUCAAUCACAUGUCAAUGCUACUAAAGAAAAGCAAGAAGGAUCAUUACUGAACUAGCAUUUAUGAGCUUACCAUAUACUGCUCUUCCUGAACGCAACAAACUGCCUGUGCUUAGCCAUUCCUGAUCUGGCUAUUUGUAGUAGUCACAUUGUUCUCCAUCUUUAAGGAGGAAAAAUACAAUGGAAUGGCAACGUUACUUUACUAAGCCUAACCUCACGUUGAUAUAUGGGCAUGGCACUUAGCAGUUGGAUUGAUAUGGCAAUCUGGCACAAGAAUUGUGGGCUCAUGCUUGUUACUUCAAGUCAAUUUGGAUUAAUUGACCUAGUUACGGCAUGGAGUUAAGCUGACUAGUUACUGACUGGUAUUCAUUACUGUUUUGCAGUUUGUUCCUUUGCAUUUGUAGCCGCAUGAGUGAUACAGGCAAUGCAUUUAUCUCAAGCGGAUCAACUUUGAGUGGGUGAUUAUCAUUGCUGGUAGUAUACAGUACAAUGAUUUUAGAUAGGGCUAGGGUUAUAGUUUAACCUGGUUGAGUCUUAACAGAAUUAUUGAUUUUAAUUGAUUUUUGUGUAAUAUUACGAAGCUAGAGACCUCAGAGGCCUGUAUAUUGUAAUGAUUGAACUGUAAAUGGCCAACUGUGUGCAACUCAAACUCUUUUAUUGUUAUAAUAGGCUCUAGCGUGAAAGAAUCUCAGUGAA